AUGACCUCAAACAAUUCGAGACGACCCAUACUUCCGAAAACACAUUCGACUCUAUCUGUUGUUAAUCACAAGAAGUCUACUUCAGGAGUUGAUUCGACUCCAUUAACAAGCGCACCGUCGUCUUCAUCGUCAUCAUUGUCUUCAUUUAGACCAAUUGCCCCAAAAUCAAAUCAGGAUCACACAGUGAUUAUCACUCCCGAAGUGGUCAAACAAAAUGAGUCUAGUGAAGAUGUUGUUCACUAUUGUGAUAUUGAAUCAAGUAGUCAGGAUUUCAACCCUCUUAGAAACUAUCGUUCAAUAUAUGCUAAUAACGUCGUACCUCGUAGUUAUUUGAGAGUUACGCACCAACGGGUUCUUUUACCGUCUCAUACAAUUCCUCGAACUCCUAUUAACUCUGAUACGCUUCCAUCUGGACCAUCUAGUUCUGGCUUUAAUGUUAAUAAGAAAGGGAGUCUACGUCCAGUGGUUAAGUUUCUACUUCGUAUAGGUUCAGCACUUGUGCGCUCACAGUAUGAGCCAGCGGUUGGUAAAGAAGUAACUCCCCACCAGUUAUUGAGUAAUCGACGUAAACGCAGACGUGUUGAUGAGGAACCAACUCGAUUAUCUACAGAUAAAAUCAGUAUAGAAACUAUCAACAUUUCUCAUUUAGAAUGGAAACCAAAAGCGCGUCAUCCACGUUGGGAAGACAUAUGGAAUUAUUGUCAUCAUUGUCGUUGUCCCUAUGUUCCUACAUCUGCUUUAGAGUUAUUACGACAUCUAGAACGAGGUCACCAGAAACUAGUUAAUGUUAAUUCACUAGUGAUACCUAAAAAAACACGGCUUGAAAAAGUAGAUUGUAAUGAAUGCAUGCUUAAUGCAGCAGAGUUAUUGGGCAAUAAACUGAUAAGCCGAUUUUAUAUCCCACUCACUGUAAAUAUCUUCGAUUCCUCUUCAAAUAUAUCACCAUAUACAUGUUUUGUCUGUGGACUAGUGAAUAAGUCUCAACGUUUACUAGAAAAUCAUUUCCAACGCGUGCAUCCACAAUUAACCCCUGGUCGUAUAGAAAAACCAACAGUUAUCUUAUGUUCUAUAUGUGGCUUCCCUACACAGACUAAUUUAAUUAGACAUUCUUCUCAUCACUUGCACUCUGAUGUUUCAAUACAUGUAUCAUGUAAAAGUAAUUCGUCAAUACAUAAUAGUGCUCCAUGGUCAGGAUGUGACGCUCACGCACUAGCCUGUCUUAUGCUUUAUCCUACUAUGUAUGCUCGAUUUGGUUUACCUUUUCAUGUUGCUCAUUUUCUCUAUGCAUUAAUUCAACGUAUGUUAAUGGCUCGAAUAAAUCAAUUUGGUGGUUGGAGUGUUCAGUCUUAUACUUUAAGAUGUUGUGCAGCAAUAUCAGCCAUUUAUGGUGAACUUGUUGAUCCAGAUCAAGAUAAACCACUGAUUCAAUCAAAAAUGAGAAUUUUAGAACACAAUAACAGCUUAAAAUCUGUAUUCUCAGAAGCAUCGACUCCUUCAACUGUUUCUUUUUACAAUUCAACUCCCGCACAAAUAAGGACAUGCAAUUCUAAAAGUGCUAUACCUAUUUCCCUAUCAACUGUAUUAGUUUCAUCGUCCUUACCGAUUCAGCCAUGUUUUGCUUCAUCAUCGUCUAGUGUAAAUCUAACUAAUAUAUCAUCAGUGUGUAUUUUACCUAAUUCCUCUCCCAUUACUUCCGUUUCUGAUUUGGUAUCGAAAUCUGUGACAGGCUCCAUAUUACCAUCUGUUUUAGUUAGUCAACCUACUACAACUCCAUCUGUUUCAGUGAAACAUACUUUGCCUUUUGAACCAAUGCCUCCUGUUUGUGUUACAAUCAGUAAACAGUCUAACCUUUUUAUGCAUGGAAAUACACAAAUCCCGGCUACAACAUCAUCAUGGUCUAUUGUAUCGUCAUCAAAUCCAACUCUUUUAUCUUUCCUCUCUUCCAACCAAUCGAAACUUCCUAUUCAACCAAAACCUGUCAUACCAGUUUCUGUUGGUUUAGCAUCUGAUAAUUUAUUACAACAACAAUCUUCACUUACUAACAAUGGAGAUAAUACUAUUCGUGUUCAGGUGGGACCUAGUGGUCAAAUUAGGCGAUGCCUGGGAAGUCAACCGCGUAGUUUACCUCGUGUUUUGCCAAUGUUAGAAGUUCCGUGUGAACUGUGCCCUUCCAAUAUUCCAACGGAAACAAUUGUUCAAAGUUUUCACGUUAUGUCUCGUCAUAGAGUUAAAGGUUUACGACAUAUCCCAACAAUUCCUUGUCGUUUAUGUGGUCAAUUAUUUUGGACAAAGGCUGGCGUAAUCCGACACCAACAUGUUAGUUGUGGAUUUUGCGAUGAAAAAGCACUGUGUAAUUCAACUUAUUAUCUACAUGAAAUUAUUAAGCAUCCUCAACACUUCGCCUAUCGGUUGAAUAAAGAUGUGUAUAAUUGUCCACAGUGUUGUCGUGUGUUCUCGGAUAUGGUUUCAUUUAUAAUUCAUUUACAAACUGUACACUUUUUCACUGUACCAGAUGAAAUAAAUAAUAAUAUAUGCAAAUAUGGUUCUACAAGGAAUAAUAAAAUAAAUUUUAAUAAUUUAACAAUGAGUUCAAAAUUAAUUAAUCUUUCUACAUUAUAUUCAUCAUUAUCUAUGUCAACAAUAUCCGUAUCAUAUUCAUUACCGGAUAAUAUUGCUGUAUAUAUAAAGCCCGAAGAAAUACCAUGUUGGAAAUGUUCAGUUUGUAAUGCACAUUUUAUUACCAUUAAUCAUUUAGAUUUACAUAUGGCUCAAGCUAGUCAUCAGUACUGGUGUCCUCUAUGUCUAUAUGCAUGUGAACGAGCAAUUUCAUUAUGGAAACACUAUUGCAGUAGUCAUAACAAGGAGUCGGAACUAAAUCACAUUUCUGCAAAAAAUAAAUUUUAUCGAAUUGUUAAACCGCAAUCAAUUGGCGCAACUAAUACUUCUACUUCAAUAACAACAACACCAACGACAUUAUCACCGUCAUCAUCCUUAAGUACAGUUGCUGCAGCAAAAAUUAUUGCCAGUCCUUUAAAACAGGGUAGCCAACGCUGUGCUAUUGGUCACUUAUCCCAGUUUCAUGGGUGCGAUUUAUGUCCAGUAUUUUGUUUAACUGUUGACGAUCUCAAUACACAUAAGAAAACAGCUCAUGCUAAUGAAAUGCUGAAAGAGAAUUCAAAUAAUAAUAAUAAUAAUAAUAAUAAUAAUAAUAAUACAAAACAACUUGUUAUAUCUAACACUUCUGACUUUCUCACGACAACAUCGACAUCAGUAACGACUACUACUACAAUUAUUACUUCUACGUUAAGCAAUCAACCUAUUCGAUUGAGCAUUACUACAAGUUCACCAUCUUCAUCUUCAGCGAAAUUCAUUGAUGUUCAUGAUGAUAGUUCCAGUGGUGGUAGUGUUUGUGACGUUAUCAAUUCAUCAACAUUAUCAAUGUCAAAGCAUUCUAAUGAAUCUAGAUUGAGUUUAAAUAGAUUUGUUAAAUGGAUUACCGGUGAACAGCUUAAAUUUGGAAAGUUACUCAGUACCACAGCUAUAAAAAAUAAUACUGAGACAUCGGCUGUUACCAUGGCAACUAGCAGUUUAAAUAAUCAAAUAACUGAUCAAAUCACCAUCAUAGACGAUAAUAACGACGACGACAACAACACUGAUGAUAAACGAGAUGAGCUGAACAAAGGACUGAAUACUAUUGAACAUGAUAACGUCGGUAAUGGUGAGGAUGAGGAUGUUAUUUGUCCAAUGUGUGAAUUUCACAGUAAAUUACGAAGUGAUGUUAUGCAACACAUUAUGGAUUUCCAUUAAUCAAUACUCCAUUUAUUAUUUGUACUUAUUAAUGAUGUAUCAUCCGGUGGCUGUAUAUUUAUGCUUAUAACGGAGAAUAUCGCUGUAUGUUAAUUUUUUGAUUAACUCUUCUCUAUCUUCCUUUCAUGAUGAGCCGAUUUCCUAUAUAUAUAAAUAAUUGUACAGUCCCUUUAUUGAUAGAAUUUUGUCAUUUUUACUCGAGAGAAAACGGUGCUCUUUUCUGGAGUUUACAUUUAAUUAUGUCAUUUUUGAGUGAAGUUGUAGUAUUGUAAUGCAUAUUAUUCCGCUUGUAUUCGUUAUAUUUAUAUUUAUUAUUAUUAUUAUUAUCACUAAUGAUGGAUUGUUAGUAGUUGAUUUAUUUUUGUCAAUAUAUGUGAAUAUAUUUUAUUUUUCUAAUCAAAUUACAUGGAGUCGUAAUUUCUAUUAACUUUACAAUUGAAUUGAAUAAUCCUUGUGAAGUUAAACAUACUUAAGAUUCAUUUCCUUACCUUCUAGUUUUUUCUCUUAAAACUGUAAUGUACCAUUUCUUUUCAGGUGAUUUUAUGUUGAUUGCUUUAUGAGUCGCGGUCGUACCUGCUACUUUGACAUAGUUGUCGGGUUCUCAUAUCACGAUGCUCUGAAAGUAACACCUCUUUUUUAAUCCACAAAUUUCCAUCGCGGGCUGUAAGACGUUAAAAAUACCUAGUUAGUAUAUCAUACAACUUCUACCAUAAAGUCUGUGUAUUACUGGAGUCGAUUAGUUACCUCUUUGAUCACUAUGACCACACUGCGAGAUCACUAAGAUCAAUACCAAUCCUUUUUUAAGGUCCCUUAGGAAGUAGUCUUCUAUGAUGUAGCCAAACAGCAAGUGACAAUCACACACAUACUCCUAACAGAAUUUCAGAUCACUUUGACUGCUGUUUGAGUAAACGUUUUGGUAUAAUGGUGUUGAUCGUAGCUAACAGUUUGACCAUCAAGUUAAAUCUACUUAUUAUUAUGAUUCAGUUAAGUUAUAUUAUUAAAAAAUGAGUUUGGAUUAGUUAUGUAUAAUAUUGAAUGUCAGUUUUCAAAGAAAAUUUUCUUUCCCUUGGUGUAUUCGCCGUUGAAUUAUGUCUUUUCUUACUAUCAUCUUUCUAACUAGUAGCAAAAUAUAAGUUAGCGUUACGUAAGCAGCAUGAUUAUUGUUGUAUUUAAAGUACGAAUAAUA